AUGCGACAGAACACGUCUGGCUCUGAUCGAUUAUCCCAGCUUUUUCCCUCCCGUCCGGCCUCAAUCGCAUCAGUUAGCCCCGUCGAGACACCCUCGUUAUCGCGCCGUACAUCGUAUCCCUCGCCUCUGAUACCCGCUGCAGAGCCAUCGUACCGCAUACCUCGCGCCCCGGCGCCGCCGUCCUUCCCCGAAAAUACAUCAUAUAGCCCGUCGCCUGAUCCCUUUAGCCCGACCGGAUCACAUUCUACGAUACAGAGCAGGAGUGGCACCAAAAGGCUCUUGAACCGACUCGCAUCCCUCCGCAGUGGAAGGUUGCACGGUGGAGAUUACAACAGGUUGGAAGAUGAAGAGUCAGGCAAAAGGAGACUACAAGGGGUCGAAGAGGUAGACGAGCCGCUAGGAUAUGACUUGAGCGGAUUCGAUGGCGGCAUGCCUAUGAAGCAGUUCGAGCAGCCUAAGAAGAUGGCGAGCGCGGCUGACGCAAUGGAAGCAGAGCGCGACCUCAAUGAGGCCGGUUACGCUGCGGAGUACGAGAGAUUGGAAGCACAACUUGGGGCAGGAAUGUCGUCCAUCACGGAAGUACCCUUCACGCACACAGCAGCACUGCCUGAAGCUGAUACUACACGUGGCCAUAGGAGAGGUCUAUCUGACGCAAAUAUCGUUGACGUCGUCGCGAAAGAUGCACAGGAGGAGGCUGAGAAGACUGGGGGUAUCGUAGCGGUCUCAGAAAUCCCUGUGGAUAUCAGUGAUAUGGCGGGACAUGGGAAUGACUUCGACAGCCGCGCUUCGCUCGUUUUUGAGCGUGGUAAUAACAAUGAAAUGAGUUACUUCUUUCCUCCAGACCCGGACAUGCCUUCUUGGCGACCAUUCUCGAUGGGUUGGCCGUACCUAACAUUUCUUGUAAUUAUUGCGCUUGCUCUGGCUGGAUUACAAGAGUAUCUGUGCCAGAUUUCACAAAAAGCAUCCGAACACGAUCCUGACGACGACCACGAUGGAGGGCUGAUCAAGUUCAGAAGCGCUAAAGAUUUGACGGUGCUACAGUACUUCACCUGGAAAUACGCCCCGGUCCUCUUCUUCGUCAUCUACGGUAUCCUAUGGCAGAUAGUGGACUAUGAAGUCAAGCGACUGGAGCCGUACUAUCAAUUAUCCAAGAAGAAUGGGUCCUCCGCGGGUGAAUCGCUUAACAUGGACUAUUUGACGUUCAUGAGCUGGCUGGUGCCCCUACGAGCGCUACGGCAUAAGCAGUAUGCAGUCAUCUAUGUGUCCAUAUCUACACUUAUAGCGAGUAGCCUGGUGCCUAUCCUCCAAUCGGCAUCCGUAGAGAUGUAUCCAAAAGAAGAAAAGCGAGAGGUAAGAGAUUGGAAAUCGAUACGGAUACAACCUUGGUGGUCCAGGUCUGUUACCACCUGCCUCAUCAUCGUUGCUAUCCUCGGUACGGUCCUUCUGUACGAGAUGCGUAGGAAAAGUGGUUUACUGUCUGAUCCCAAGGGUAUCGCUGGCGUCGCGGCCAUGGCUACCAAAAGCCACAUUCUCGCCGACUUUCAAAACUUAGACACCGCACCACUGGAUAAAAUACACAAACAGCUUCGCCAUCGACGUUAUAUCCUUCACAAGAGCUCGCUCUGGCAAGGAGAAUAUAUCCGCACUGUAAGGGAAAAAAUUCCAGACACUGGCUCCGAUCCUCGGCCCCUCAUGCUACGACUCAAAGCUGGCAUACCUUAUAUUUGUUACCUCAUCUUAUUCGCGGUCGUACUGCCCAUUUUUCUCUUCGUCAAACCGGCCCAGGUUGUUACGGACAAGUUACCCUUUCUUCUCACAACUUUGGCCACGAUCGUCAAGCUACUCUGGAACACUUUGAACGGCGAUAUCCGUACUCUUCAACCAUACCACAUCCUCGCACAACGCGAAGCACCGGCGAAGACUUUGACGCUCGAUUACACUGGCACAAACCCCAUCGUCCUCCCCUUCAAGGCCCUCAUUAAUAAGCACUACAUCGUGUUCCUUGUCGGGGUCGGUUCCAUUCUAGCCGAGAUCCUCACUAUCUGCGUCUCCUCCUUCUCCGUAGACGGUAUAAAAUUCGUCCCUGGCCAAAGCGGCAACGACGUCAUAAAUGGCGACGACCAUGAUGACCGUGCAAAUACAGACCAGACCUUCCGCUCCUUCUGGUCCUCCUUCGUCCUCUCUAUCGCCAUCAUAUUCUUCCUAGUAGGCGUCGCCUGCGUCGUGUAUGUGCACCGCUCGCACAAGUUCAUGCCGCGGCAGGUCGGCACCAUGGCAUCCGUCCUCGCCUUCAUCCACCAGUCGAAAAUGCUCGUUAACUUUGUCGACACGGAGAAGUUCGAUAGCAAGCAGAUGACCGUGCAUUUAGAGAAGUUGGGGAAGACGUAUGCCUUAGGUUGGUUCCAAGGAAGGGAUGGCGAUGAUCAUUGUGGCAUUGAUGAGGAGCCGGUAUUGGCGCCGUACAAUGCGAAGGCCAACGAGAAGGCUACCGCAAAGGACCCCACUACGGACAACAUCAUCAUCGUCAGUAGAUUUUAG